CGUGUGUUCAAGUGUGCCGUCUAGUGAGUGAGAUCCGCGUUAAACUACAUUAACAAGCCGGACAUUACAUACAAACCCACAGGGUUACAGAUCAGGGUGAUAAUGGCACAUCAGGCUCCCUCGGUGGCGAGGGACGCAGUGUUAAAGGAGAGCUGCCCUCUGCCAGAGGAGUUGCCCCGGAUUAAAGGUUAUGACUUCAAUCAGGGUGUGGACCACAAAGCCCUGCUGCAGUCCUACCUCACCACGGGCUUCCAGGCCAGCAGCUUUGCCCAGGCCGUGCAGGAGAUCAAUAAAAUGAUAGAGAAGCGUUUAGAGUCGUUGCAGGAGGAGCAGGUGGGACAUGAGGGCAGCGAUUCUCAUCACUCUGCUUCAGGAUGCACCAUCUUCCUGGGCUACACCUCCAACCUGAUCAGCUCAGGUGUGCGAGAGAGCAUUCGCUACCUUGCACAGCACAAAAUGGUAGAUGUGAUAGUAACCACAGCAGGAGGGAUUGAAGAGGACCUUAUAAAAUGUUUAGCACCCACUUACCUUGGAGAGUUCAGUCUGAAAGGCAAAGAACUACGACAGCAAGGCAUUAAUAGAAUAGGGAAUCUCCUGGUACCAAAUGAUAAUUACUGUAAGUUUGAAGACUGGCUGAUGCCUAUUCUGGACCAAAUGGUUCUGGAACAGAAAACAGAGGGCACACACUGGACACCCUCGAAAAUGAUCCACCGACUCGGCAAAGAAAUAAACAACCCAGAUUCUGUUUAUUACUGGGCCUAUAAGAAUGACAUCCCUGUGUUUAGCCCUGCCCUCACUGAUGGCUCAUUGGGUGAUAUGAUCUAUUUCCAUUCAUACAAGAACCCUGGACUGGUGCUUGACAUUGUGGAGGAUAUUCGGAGGUUAAACAGCAAAGCCGUGUUUGCCAAAAGCACAGGGAUGAUUAUUCUCGGGGGAGGUCUCGUCAAACAUCAUAUCGCCAAUGCUAAUCUCAUGAGGAAUGGAGCGGAUUUUGCUGUAUUUGUCAACACUGGUCAGGAGUUCGAUGGUUCAGACUCCGGUGCCAGACCGGAUGAAGCUGUUUCAUGGGGAAAGAUCCGCAUGGAUGCCACACCUGUAAAGGUUUAUGCAGAUGCCUCUAUAGUAUUUCCACUCUUAGUUGCUGAAACGUUUGCACACAAUGCCAACAGACUGAUCAAGGAAAAGAAGAGUGAUUGAUGGUGCUUUUCUCUUUCUAAACCUCUGUAGCAUCCUUUGUCUUUUCCUGUUUGCUUUUGAUAUCUGUCCAACUGAUUUGAAUGCACCAUCUAAAUUCAUGACAUCAUGUUUGACUUGAUCAUCUAAACAAGCUUAGCGUCUUUGUUUCUUUUAUUAUAUGUGACCGUUUGCAAUCAUUUAAGUCUUUCUAUGUAAUGCCUGUAAAAAUCUGUUCAAAAGAAGUAGAUUUUUCAGAAGGGACAAUGUUGAUUUUAUGUAUUUCAUCCUUAAUUGUUGUGCACAUCAGCUUUAGUGCCAUUUCUGUCUGCUACUUUUAUCUGGAUAUUUAUGCUCAAUCAGUUUUCAGAAAAAAAAAAAGAGAAAAAACAUAGCAAAUGUCAUUAUGAAAGUGCACAUUUUGCAGUAUUAAACAACUCAUAAGAUGUUGAAAAUGAUCAGAUCAUAUACUGACAUUGCUCCGUAUGGUUUUAUCUGUGAAAUAUUGUGCAUAACAUUGUGUUCUGUAAAUUUUAAAGGAAUAUUUCGGGCUCAAUACAAGGUUUAAAGUUAAGCUCAAUCAACAGCAUUUGUGGCAUUUGUUGUCAGAUUGAUUUUUAAAAAAAGCAGCAGCAAAAAUCUGGAUUACAACGAGGCACUUACAAUGGAAGUGAAUCGGGCCAGUCUGUAAACAUUAAUAAAAUACUUACUGUUUCAAAAUUAUAGCCACAACAUGUGAACAGUAUGCUUGUUAAAGGGCUAGUUCACCCAAAAAUGAAAAUUCUCUCAUAUCAAAAGAGCUGAGAAAUUGAUCUAAACAUCUUCAUUUGUGUUUAGCAGAUGAAUCAUAUGCAUCUGGGAUGCAUGAGGGUGAGUAAAUGAUGAGAGAAUUUUCAUUUUUGGGUGAACUAUCUCUAACAUGAUUUUAGUGUGAUAAAAUCACUUACUAACCUUUUCUAUGUAAAGUUAUAGCCAAUAUUUCAAUUUUUUGGCCAUGACAGCGUAACACUAUAAACACUAAAACGACAAUUUAAACAACUUUACAGCUCAAAUAAAACAUGAGUUUUAACAGAAGAAUUAAUGUGUGCUUUUAUAAAAUUAUAAGCUCCAGAUUCCAAAAAUUGGCCCCAUUCACUUCCAUUGUAGUAGCCUUGAUUUUUGCUUCUUCUUUUUUUUUUUUUUUUUUUUAAGAAAAGGAGGGACAAGUCAAAAUAAAUUUUUGUAGUAAUCAACAUUAUGCCAAAAACGCUGUUGAUUGAACUUAACUUGUAUUGAAUCCAGAAAAUUCCUUUAAGGCCACCAGAGGGCAGUUGUGUCUUUGGUUCAGCGGUUACCAAAUUAUUUUUUUAUAUCCUUCAUUUAUUCACAAGAGGCUCUGUUAAUUUAUUUUACUUGUGCUUGACUGUAUAGUACUGUAACAGUUUAUUUAACUGGUGCGAGAAAUUAAAACGAUUUAUAGUCUAUUCAGCUGCUCUGUUGAAAGUCGUCAAGACUUGGGCAUGAAAAUGGCAAGAACAUAUGCUUGACUAUAGUAAAAAUGUUCAAGGUGUGCAAAGCAAACGUUUUGACCUAAUUGCAAAUGGUAUUUUGGCCCUGUCAUUAUAGUCUCAAAUUUUCCUCCUCAUACUUGAAGUUGCAAUGAUAAGUAUUCUGCGCCUUAGGUAAAUGGUGCAAAUCUGAAACCAAUGUGUUUUCAACUUGCAUGCAAAGCAUGUCCUGUCUCGCUUAUUUUUAUACUCUUAUUUUGCUACCAAGAAGUCUUACCGUGCAGCUCAUCCUGAUACAGGUCAGAUUGCUGUUGAGUGGAUGUCAGUUUUCUGGGCGUUGUUGCAUGCAUGAGGUCACCUGAAUAGAUUUGUUAUGAGCAAUGCUUUGUCUAACUGAAACUUUUAAAUAUGCAAAAUUGUGGUCAUGGUGUUAGAAGGAACUGUUUCAGUGUGCUUAAAGGUUUAGUUCAAGCGUUAAUAAAAAGUUUGUCAAAUAAUUUGCGCAACCUGAAAACGUUGUUCCAAACCCGAAUGACACUGUUUCUAACGUGGAACACAAAAGGGAUAUUGUUAGGCAGAAUACUAGCUUCAGUCACCAUCUUUUUUUUCCCCAUGCAAUGAAAGUGAAUGGUGACUGAAGUUUGAUUUUUAUUUUUUGGAAGUUAGGGAAGUUAGUUUUUUAGGGAAGUUAAUCAUCCCUUGAACUUAUUUCAAGGUGGGAUAAAAUAUAUGCAUGCCAUAUUUCCAUCAUUCUAUUUGAACUCUUUGCAUUUGUAAAAAGGGAAAUAAUAAAAUUAAAUGAAUUUUUUUGCCUUAAAAAUAUAGUUUAAGUUAUAUACUGCAUUCAUAAAUUAUUCACAUCCCUUCAUUUGUUUCACAUUUUAUGUUGCAGCCUUAUCCUAAAAUGCUUUAAAUUAUUUUUUCACAUCAAUCUACACCCCAUACCCCAUACCCCAUAAUGACAGAGCAAAAACCACAUUUUUGAUAACUUUGCAAAUUUAUGAAAAAGAAAAACAAAUAUCACAUUGACAUAAGUAUUCAGACCCUUUGCUUUGAUACUUGAAAUUUAGCUCAGGUGCAUCCCAUUUCUCUGGAUCAUCUUUGAGAUGUUUCUGCACUUUGAUUGGAGUCCACCUGUGGCAAAUUGAAUUGAUUGGACAUGAUUUGGAAAGGCACACACCUGUCUAUUUAAGGUCUCACAGCUGAAAAUGCAUAUCAGAGCAAAAACCAAGCCAUGAGGUCAAAGGAACUGUCUGCAGAGCUCAGAGACAGGAUUGUGUUGAGGCACAUAUCGAAAAAACAUUUCGGCUGCAUUGAAGGUUCUUAAGAGCACAGUGGCCUCCAUAAUUCUUAAAUGGAAGUUUGGAACAACCAGGAUUCUUCCUAGAGCUGGCCGCCUGGCUAAAUUGAGCAAUCGGGGGAGAAGGGUCUUGGUAAGAGAGGUGACCAAGAACCCGAUGGUCACUCUGGUUGAGCUCCAGAGAUCAUGUGUGGAGAUGGGAGAAACUUGCAGAAGGACAACCAUCACUGCAACACUCCACCGAUCUGGGCUUUAUGGCAGAGUGGCCAGACAGAAGACAGAAAAAAAAACACCCUAAAGGACUCUCGUACUGUGAGAAACAAGAUUCUUUGGUCUGAUAAAACAAGGCUUGAACUGUUUGGCCUCAAUUCCAAGCAUCAUUUCUGGAGGAAACCAGGCACUGCUCAUCACCUGCGCAACGCCAUCCCAACGGUGAAGCAUGGUGGUGGCAGCAUCAUGCUGUGGGGGUGUUGUUCAGCGGCAGUGACUGGGGGAUUGGUCAGGGUUGAAGGAAAGCUGAAUGCAGAAAAAUACAGAGAUAUCCUUAAUGAAAACCUGGUCCAGAGCGCUCUGGACCUCAGACUGGGCUGAAGGUUCACCUUCCAACAGGACAAUGACCCUAAGCACACAGCCAAUACAACACAAGAGUGGCUUUGGGACAACUCUGUGAAUGUCCUUGAGUGGCCCAGCCAGAGCCCAGACUUGAACCCAAUCGAACAUCUCUGGAGAGACCUGAAAAUGGCUGUACACCAUCGGUCCCCAUCCAACCUGGCAGAGCUUGAGAGGAUCUGCAGAGAAGAAUGGCAGAUAAUCCCAAAAUCCAGGUGUGCAAAGCUUGUCGCAUCAUAUUCAAAAAGACGAGGCUGUAAUCGUUGCCAAAGGUGCUUCAACUAAGUACUGAGUUAAGGGUCGGAAUACUUAUAUCAGUGUCAAAUAAAAGUUAUCAAAAAUCAGUUUUUUGCUUUGUCAUUAUGGGGUAUGGAGUGUAGACUGAUGUGAAAAUAUAAUAAUUUAAAGCAUUUUAGCAGAAGGCUACAACAUAAAAUACACACACAAAAAAAUAAAUAAACAUUAAGGGGUCUGAAUACUUUCUGAAUGCACUUUAGAUAUAUAUAUAUAUAUAUAUAUAUAUAUAUAUAUAUAUAUAUAUAUAUAUAAAUUAAAAUAUUUAAUAAUUGUAUAUGCAAAUUGUUUUUGAUUUAAUAUAUACAAUUAGUCAUAGUAGUAUAUUAUUAUAUAAUUAUUCAUACAAUUUUUAUUCCAAUUAUUAUUAUUAUUAUUAUUCUUAAAUAUUAAACUCAAUUGUAAGAUGUCAUGUAUGCACGGAUGUCAUGUAGGACAAAAGCUCUGUUUAUCUUUAUGUACAAUAAA